AUGGCAAGAACCAAACAAACCGCUCCCAAAUCGACUGGUGGGCUUGCCCCUCGAAAGAAUGGUCCAAAGUUCCAAGCUCCAGUGUUCGUAGGGAAAAGGCACACAACUCCGCCACACAUCCUUCAAGAAAUGGUUCAAUCUUGCCUGGAAAUUCACUCUGGACCACCAAACAAUGAUUUUUGCUUGAUCUGCCAAGAUGGCACUCCUAGCAAUGGCAAGGACUCCCUCUACGCAUGUGAGGAGUCUGGCUGUCCACGUGUUAUGUGUACCAGAUGCAUGUUACUUCCGGCCAGUCACCUACACCUCAUUGAGCAACCAGGUGUCAAGUUCCGUUGCUUACACUGUCAUACACUCUCGGACAAGAGGUCUGGUGAUCUUGCGCCGUUUUAUGGAUUUUUCAAGGAUGGAAACCCCGUUUUACCGUCAUUCCUACCCAUCAUUGGAACGUUGCAACUCUCUAAAUGUUCUCAGAUAUCCACAAGGCCCGUACUUGUGAUUCACUUCAAACUUGUGGGGUUUGAGGCCACUGCAAGCCCGAUCGACACGGUUAACUUGUAUCUUUCUUCUUUCUUUCUGAGUGGGGGCCUCCGAUUUAUUGAAGUGAUUUUUGACCUUGGCACCGAUGCCAAGAUCAUGGCCUAUUCCCAACAGUAUGAGAAGCUCGCAAACGACGUGAUGGACGACUGCGACUACCAAACUGUGUGUAUAGCGAUCACCGAUCACACAGACAACACCACUGGCGACCCGUUUCUUGGAUACUCCCACGGAUCUUCCUAUGUUGCGGCCACCGUUCCUGAUUUCAUAAAUUCGUUACUUGGCCCAUGGGGGCAAGUGAUACAAUGCGCGGAGAGUACCACCCUCUUUUUUCUUGGCUGUGGCACCAUUGUCACCCAACCAGAAGGUUUUCGGGGCUUGCGUUCGUCUGUCGUUGAUCAUGCCUUUUCACAUGCAGUCGCGUUUACUGCCAAGCACUUUCAUCCUUGCUUAACCUCCCAUUUUCUCAUAUCAUUCGCACAAGCCGUCAUCGUCGAAGGUUUUGCACUGCGUGAAGCAUUUCCCAAUAUGCUUGACCAGUCGGGGUUAGGUAUGCACACAGACGUUCUCCUGAUGACCACAACACCUGAAGACACGGUGCCGCUUCAAAUUACCCAUUACAAAUGGGCCCACACCUCUAUUUGUCCAUGGGGAAAUGUACUUCCUCUACAGUGUCCGCAAUGCGGGACCCCAGUUAUGUGGGAGCGGAUCCAGGCCGAUUUCUCUCAGAAGUAUAUGGUCUUUCGAUGUCCGUUCGUAGGCUGCGGCCAUACCAAUACUGGGAGAGGCAGAUUAUCCCGCAAGAAGUACACCUGUAAGGCCCCAGAAGGCUCGACGUUACUCCCGGGGCGAAAACGCAACGCCUCCUGGUUGGAGAUCGAUGUCGCCUUCUCUAGAAAUGAUGCCAAGACGACCUGA